AUGUAUUAAAUACAAACAUCUUCUUAAAAGCAAAUUGAAGAAAUAAUUGCUUAUAGUUAAUCAAAUCUAUCAAUAAUGUUAAAUAUGGAAAAAUUUAUGAAAUAUUUGAGAGCUAAUGAUCCUUUUGCUAUAGAUUUUUUAUCAAGAAAUGUUAAAUAAAUGUUUGAUAUUUUAUUUGUUGACUAUGAUAAAGUUUAAACUGAUUAAUUGCCUAUUUAUAGUGACUUAAUAUCUAAAAUUUUUGAGAUUAUUGAUUUGAACUAAGAACCUAUAAUGAAAUAAAUUGAAGUGAUAUUCAGAUGUUAUUUUAGAUUUAUUGGGAAGCCAUAUUUGAUUUGAGAUGGAGAGCAGUAACACCAGAUGCUUAAUGGGGAAUAGCUCAUAAAUUGUUUUCAUUAAUAAAAGAAAGAGAUAAGAGAUUUGUAAUUGAACAAUUUUAAAGACCAAAUUUUCUUGUUUCAUUUUUACCUUUAAUAUAUAUUAAUAGUGUUGCUUAGAUUAUAGUAAUAUUUUAUGAGUUUGGUUUUCAUCAAUAAUAACUUGAUUUUUUAAAAGCUGGUUUUGACCGAUUUUAAGAAUUUGAACCUUGUAGUGCAAUUAAUUUCACUUUUAUAAUUCAUGAAAUAAUGAUUAGAAUUUUAAAUGAUGUUUAAAUUGAAUAUGUAGUAAAAGGAGAAAUUCAAAAAAAAAUGCUUUCAAUUAUUGCAAGAGAUGAUAUUAAUGCAAUGUAUUAAAUAUAAUAAAAUUUUAAGUACACUAAAAAAUGCUGCUCAUAUACUAUCAUUAGUUUCAAAUUAUUAUUCUAUGGAUAUGCAAAAUAUCUAAUUAGAUGAACCAUAAACUUAAGAAAUUACUAAUAAUUUUAGACAUUCAGAAUUUUUUUAGUCAUUUGACAUUAAAAUUAUAGCUUAGAUAUUAUAAUAAUCUCUAUUAAAUAAAACUAAGGUUGGCUUAUUAAUUAUAAAGCUUGUUGAAGUAUUAAAACAUUAUUAUUUAGGUUAUUGAUAAUUUAGUCAGAAUAACUGAUAUAUAAUUAUGGGAAAGAAUUGAUAAGGCUAAUAUAAUGGAAUUAAUAUUUAGCCUUGCACAUAAAUUUAAUAAAUCAGAUAUUUUUGUAUCAUAUGUGAUCAAUAUGAUAUCAUUCAUUUUUGAAAGAGCUUUGAAUGAUUUUCAUCCUUAUUGGACAACUAAAUUGAUUUUAAAAAAUAAGAUCCAUGAAAAACGUCAUAGACAUAUAGAUAAAUAAAUUUAUUAAUUUGAAUAAAAAUUAUCUUUAAAAUUAAUAAAGGAUGGAGAAUUUUUACCUUAUUUUGAUUAUUUAAAAUAAAUAGAAGAAGAAUUAAUGAUUUCUCAUAAUUGGAGGGCAUUAAAACUACAUUUGAUGAAACAAGAAGAAAGACAUAAGAAUAAAUUAGGUGAAGAUCCUAGUAGUCCUUAAAUAGAAGAUAAAAUUAUAGUUUCAGCUCUUGAUGUUGAAGAAAAUAAAUAUUUAGAAUAAGAUGGAGUUGAUGAGUAAACAGAUAAUAUUUUUAUUAAUUGUUAAACUGAUUCAACUUCAAAAUAAAAUUAUUAAGUAAUAACAAAAAAUAUUUUUGAAACUACUCCUAUUAUAAGUAAUGAUAUAGAAUCUGAAUCAAAUUCAGAAUCAUCUUACAAUGAGAGUGAAUAAUCUAUUGAAAAUAAAAAUAUUUCAGAUAGGAAUGCUGAUCCUUUGAGUUAAUUUAAAGAUGUUUUACAUUAAAUGGAAUUGAAAUCUAAUGAAACAAAUAAAUUAUCUCAUUCUGAUUAAUUAGAUAGAGAAAAAGUAAUUAAAAAUAGGAAUUUAUCAAGCUCAUUAAAUAAUGAAGAAUAAAAAAAUAAAUUUAUGACUAGUUCUCUUAAACAUGAACAUGAUGUUCCUUCUCCUAUACUUUAGCGAAGAAGUUCUCUUUAAACAGUUACUAAUGUUAAAAAAUUGAACAAGAAUUUUGAAGAGUUUCAUAUAGAUUUCUUAAAUGAUCGUAAAAUCCUCAAAAAAGAUGAUAAUAGUAUUUUAAAGGUUGAUGAAAUUGAUCUUGAAAAAGUACCUCCAGAAGAAAUAAUAUAGGUUGUUUUUUAAAAAUCAAACAAAGAAACUUUAAUCAAAACAAAAUUAAUUUAUUAAGCUUAAAUUGAAAAAAAAAUUGAAAAAGUUGAAGAUAUCAAAUUUAGAUAAAUUUUAGAAAAGGAUUUCCUUUUUUUAGAAUUUUUAAAAAAUUAAGAAUGA